AUGCCGGAUGGUUCGCUGUUCGUCUUCUCCGACACCUCAUCAGAACUCUUCGAUGUGGCUGCCAGCAAGGCAAUCAAGAAGAUGCCAAAUAUGCCUGGCAUGCACAGAACAUACCCCAACACGGGCGGAAGCGUGAUGCUUCCGCUGCACAGAGGCAACAACUACGAGCCAGAGGUCAUGAUUUGUGGUGGGGGCAUGUCACAAGCCGUUGACAGUCUAUGCGAUGCAAGCUGUGGCAGACUGAAGCCGAUGAGUCGGGAGCCUCGCUGGAAAAUGACCGAGAUGCCAGAGCCACGGGGUAUGGUAGAAGGUGUAUUGCUGCUUGAUGGAAUGGUGCUUUGGAUCAAUGGUUGUCAAAGAGGGGCGCAAGGGUUCGGAUUGGCGAAGGAGCCGGCGCUGGAGGCAUUGAUUUAUGAUCCGUGCUCAGACCGAUGGACGUCGUCUGGUCAGAGCAAAAUUGCAAGACUUUACCACUCGGUUGCAUUGCUGCUACUGGAUGGAACAGUCCUCGUCGCUGGGAGCAACCCAAAUGAGAUGCCAGUCACUGUGAGUCAAGUGGAAUUAUACAACCAGGACCAGGCAUUCCCCACUGAAUUCAGAAUUGAAAUUUGGACUCCACCAUAUUUGCGUGGUGAAAAUGCCUCUCGGCGGCCGAAGGAUAUCAGGCUUUCAAGGCUCGAGCUCAAGAUCAGUUCGAGGUUCACAAUCGGAUUUGACAUGGAAGAGGGUCUGUCCACAUUGGACGUGAUUCUCUAUGCUGGUGGGUUUGUUACGCAUUCUGUUCACAUGGGACAGGUGAUGGUCUACCUUGUCCACCGUGGCUGGGAGACAUUGCCCAGUGGUCGGAAGCGAGUUGAGGUGUAUAUGCCAGAGGGGCUCAAGCUUGCACCAGGACCUUACGUGGUGUAUGUCGUUGCAAAUGGGGUGCCGGGCAUUGGGCAGUUUGUCACUGUACAUGUCUGA